AAAACAAAAUAACUCCCUCGCCUUUCCUUCUGCAACAACCUUAUUAGACUUCAAGCUUUUGCCAACUUAUGCUCCGCAUGAACCUUAAAAGCAUCAAUUAUUAUUUUUCACCUCUGUCUCCGCCAUAACAUUUCUAUAUAUCUACCGGACAACUCCCAUUUCCUGUCGUCGGCAGUUAAAAUAGUUAAACACCCAAAGGCUACUCUUUUGUCCUUCUUGGUAUCUUGCUUUCUUUUUUUCUUUUUUUUUUAAUUAGAAUUCUGCAGCCAUGGUGAUGAAGGUAGCGACGCCAGAAAAGGUGGCUUCCAUUACAGAGAAGGUCUGGCAGAGAAUUUACGGCGGUAGCAAUAGCGGCCGCCAUUGUUAUCAUCAUAACUACCACCCUAAACAUCGAAGGCGGUGUUCUUACGAGAGUGAAGAUGAAUACGAGGAUGAGGACGGGACCAUACAGUUGAUGCAGAUGGGUGCUGAAAGAAGCAAGAAUGUACUGAUUCUGAUGAGUGACACGGGUGGUGGCCAUAGAGCUUCGGCCGAGGCUAUCCGAGACGCCUUUCGGAUCGAGUUUGGAGAUGAAUACAGGAUAUAUGUGAAAGAUGUGUGGAAAGAAUACACAGGGUGGCCACUGAACGACAUGGAAAGGUCCUACAAGUUCAUGGUGAAACAUGUACAACUCUGGAAAGUCGCCUUUCACGGUACAUCUCCUAGAUGGAUACAUAGCAGCUAUCUUGCUGCCAUUGCUUCUUAUUACGCCAACGAGGUAGAGAGGGGUUUAAUGGAGUACAAGCCAGACAUUAUCAUUAGUGUUCAUCCAUUGAUGCAACACAUUCCACUCCUUGUUCUUAAAUGGAAAGGCCUUCAAAAGAAAGUGAUUUUUGUUACUGUAAUUACAGAUCUCAAUACCUGUCAUCGUACAUGGUUUCAUCCUAGAGUUAACAGAUGCUACUGCCCGUCAAAAGAGGUAGCCAAGAGAGCAUUAUAUGAUGGCCUUCAAGAUUCCCAAGUUCGGGUUUUCGGUCUUCCUGUUCGGCCUUCAUUUGCCCGUGCAGUUCUUUCCAAGGAUGACUUGAGAAGAGAGCUAGAGUUAGAUCCUGAUUUGCCAACGGUUUUGCUGAUGGGAGGGGGUGAAGGAAUGGGGCCUGAGAAAACAACGAUGGCACUCAGUGAAUCGCUAUACGAAAAUCAACAGAAACCAAUAGGGCAAUUGAUCAUAAUAUGUGGCCGAAACAAAGGCCUUGCUUCAACAUUGGAAUCCCAGGAAUGGAUGAUCCCGGUGAAGGUCAGAGGGUUUGAAACCCAGAUGGAGAAAUGGAUGGGUGCUUGUGACUGCAUAAUUACAAAGGCUGGUCCUGGUACUAUUGCAGAGGCCUUGAUAAGGGGGCUUCCAAUUGUUCUCAAUGACUACAUCCCAGGACAGGAAAAGGGCAAUGUACCUUAUGUAGUAGACAAUGGAGCAGGAGUGUUCACCAGAAGUCCAAAGGAAACAGCUAGAAUUGUGUCAGAAUGGUUCAGCAUAAAGACGGAUGAGCUGAAGAGAAUGUCGGAGAAUGCUCUUAAGCUAACACAGCCGGAGGCCGUAUUUGAUAUCGUAAAGGAUAUCCAUGAACUUGCCUGUCAAAGACGGCAUUUGGCUAACAUUUCUUAUGUCUCAACGUCCGCUAUCACAAGCUAAUUUAAUGGAUAACCUCAAAUUCUU